AUGUCCAAUAUGGUGAUCGCGAAAAACUUUUUUCUUCCUCCUCAUUAUUUGGUUGAGAUGAGAUUUGAUGUUUAUGAAUUUUCUUGGCAUGAUAUUCACUUAGUUUUGUUCCUAGAUGAUAAGGAGUUCUAUUUUAAUUAUUAAAGGAAUACUUUUUUUACAUGUGAUAGUAAUUAUAUGAGUUAAUACUAUAUUUCGACCUCAAACUUUCAUUUUGGUUCAACUCUUUUAAUUAAAAUUUUUCAUGCUUCUUAUUCAGAUCCAUCCGAUUAUUGGGGAAUUACUAAUUUUGAAUUAUUCAUUCUUUAAUGUCCUUCAAAAUGUCAUUCUUGUAAUGAGGUUGGAAUCUGCAAUGAUUGGACUUUAAGAUUCAAGCUAAUUGUUGUAGGAGAAUCAAUUGAAUAUUUUUCGAAAAUAUAAUUAAAUGAUUAGGAAAAUAAUUAAGAUAUUUUUAACUUCCAUCCUUUUUGCAUGAGUAUUUGAUUUGUGGAUAAUUUUAAAAGAUUUAAACUUUUGAUGAGUAAUUUCAACAUAAUAUUCCUGAUUUAUUGAUAUCAAUAUAAAUAUAAUUUGACCAUAUACUUAGUAUUGAUCCUUAUUUCGGAAUAUUAGAUUUCGAAAUAUUCAGUGAUGCUCUAAUAGUUGAGGAUAUAGAUAUUUGUAAUGAUCAGAACAUUAAUCCGUUUGAUGGAUGUUUUAAUUUACAAUUUGAUUGUUGUGAAGGCUGUAGUAAUUGCGUAAAUGGUCAGUGUAUAGAAUGUAAUAUUAAUUGGUUGUAUGAUCCUAUAAAUUAUAAUUGUUAUAGUUACUGUGGUGAUGGCAUAAUUGUUGGAUUAGAGGAAUGCGAUGAUUCCAAUUCCAUUCCUUAUGAUGGUUGUUAUUAAUGUCAAUUCUCAUGUCCUUUAAAUUGUAUUCAAUCUUAGUAUGGUUAAUGUUAAAUUUGUAAUGCUUUAUUUUAAUAGAUUAAUAAUAAUUGUAUCCUACAUUGCCUUAAUAAUAAGAGUGGUAAUUUGAUAAAUUAUUAAAAUAUGAAUAUAAUGACUGAAUGUUUACCUAUUAAUCAUCAUUGCUUAUUAAAAUGCUUUGAGUUUUAUUAUUCAUUUUGCAUAACAUCUUUGCCUGAUUGGAAUUUAAUUAAUUAAUAAUGUAUUUAUGAAUGUGAAAAUGAGGUAGUAGCAGAUUUUAAUGAUUAUUGUAGUGAUGAUAAUAAUGAAAUUUAGAUUAGUGUCAUAGUUGUAAAUAUUAAUGUUAAGAGAGUUGUAUUGAUUGUCUUGAUGGAACAUGUUUAUAAUCAUACUUUGAAGAACUCAAAAUUGAAACUUGUAAUUUUGGAUUUUAUUAGAUUGAUAAUAAAUGUUUGUCUAUUUGUGGAGACUUAAUUGUAGCUUCAGAUGAAAAAUGUGAUGAUUAAAAUAACGAACCUUUUGAUGGAUGUUUUAAAUGUUAAUUAUCAUGUCCAUUAAACUGUUAAGGUUGUUUUGAUGGAUAAUGCAUAAAUUGCGAAAAUGGUUAUUUCUUGGAAAAUAAUAAAUGUUAAGAGCAGUGUGGAAACGGCAUAAAGACUCAGAAUGAACAAUGCGAUGAUGGAAAUAUAUUUAUUGAGGAUGGAUGCUCAGAAAUAUGUUAAAUAGAAAUCUUUUGGAAAUGUAUAAAUGAUUAAAAGUUUUCAAAUUAAUAAUCCAACUGUAGAAAUACAAUUUUUGAAUACCACUUUUAAUAAAUAAUUUAUUUUAAUUACAAGUUCUCAAUAAGUAAGAUUAACAGAAAACCAUCAAAACUUAACCUAAAACCUUAAAACUUAAAUUAUAAAUGUUAGUCGCCUGGAUUAUAAUAUAACUUUUGAUGUUGAAGCUGAACCAACUUUUGAAGAACCAAAUGAAAUUUAAUACUUAUUUACUAUUGAAUUUCUAAAAUAAUUAGAAGUUGAACUAAUUUUUCACAUUUAAUUUAAUAUUACAUUGGUCAAUAAUUAUGGUUUAGAAAUAUUGAAAAAAGAAUAUUAAAUUAAAUUGACUAAUCCUAUUGUGUUAAGCAAAGCUUAGAAGGAUCUUUCAAAAAAUACAGGUAAAUUUAACAUAAUAAUGUUAAUAAUACUUGGUAUUUCAGGAUUUAUAAUUUUAUUAUCUGGUAACCCAUAGGAUUGUUUUGAAGUGCUUGAUGCUUUAUAAUAUUAAUCAUUUCUCAGAUUUAUUAAUAUUGAUUUUCCAGAAAAUCUCUUUAUAUAUUUUGAAUCUUCAGAAUUCAUUUCAAUUCAACCAUUGUUAGUUAAAUUUAAUUUAGUUCAUUUAUUUUAAUAAAUAUUUGGUUCAGAAUUUUUAGAGUCAUUUGGAAAGUUUUACUUUUACUAAAUUAAUGCAGAUUUACUUAUUAAUUUACAAAGUUAAAUUUGGUAAAUUCUAGUUUUGUUGAUUCUAUUUAUCUUUUAUAUUCUUUAUAAGAAGAUUUUUUCAAAGCAAUUUUUCUCAUCAAGACAAUUAAUUUAGAUUUAAAAGAGAAAUUCUCUAAUUUUAAAUAGAAUUGUAAUUUUUCUUUAUUAAAUCAACAAAAUUAUUUUAGGAUUAGACAAAAUAUAUACAAAAAAGGAUUGA